CGGUGGGCGGUUGUGUUGCAUGUGUGCAAUGUCACUCUCGUUUGUGUGUUUUUCUUCUGGGCUAUUUUUUUUAAUUUAAAAUCUAGAAAACAACAAAGAUGGCAGCCGCUGCUCAAAACCUAGAGGAACCUAACCAAAGCGGCGGCGGCGGCGGCGGCGGCGGAGGAGGAGGAAGCAGUAGCGGCAGCUCCCUCGCCGGGGACGGGGAUUCGGAGGAGUCCGAGGAUUUCACCUCCUCGUCCCACUGCUCCGAGCUCUCCCGCCGGCAGAACGAGCAGAGGAAGCUCGGUCUGUUCUGUGAUGUUACCUUGGCCUUCAGCAGCGGGGCGGCCUCCGGGGGGGUGCAGAGCUGCGAGAUUUCGGCUCACCGGUCGGUCCUGGCCGCGGCCACCGAUUACUUCACCCCGCUGCUUGGGGGACAGUUCUCUGAAUCUCUCUCGGGCCGGGUGGAGAUGAAAGAAUGGAGUUCGGAACUAGGGCCAGACCCGGAGACUGUGGAGAGCGUCAUUCAGUUCAUGUACACCGGGGAGAUACGGGUCAGCACCGCCAAUGUACACGAAGUAUUGGAGCUUGCAGACAGGUUCCUCCUGCUGCAGCUCAAAGAGUUCUGCGGGGAGUUCCUGAAAAAGAAGCUCAACCUGACCAACUGUGUGGCGGUGCACAGCCUGGCGCACAUGUACUCCCUGGACCAGCUCGCUCUGAAAGCCGCAGACAUGAUCCGCCGCAACUUCUACAAAGUGAUCCAGGACGAGGAGUUCUACACGCUGCCCUACCACCUGGUCAGGGACUGGCUGUCGGACGCCGAGAUCACCGUGGACUCGGAGGAGGUCCUCUUCGAAGCCGUCGUGAAGUGGGUCCAGAAGAACUUUGAGGAGCGUGAGAAGUACUUUGAGGAGCUCUUCAGGCUCCUUCGUCUGCCCCAGAUCAAGCCUACUUACCUGACCAGGGUGGUCAAGUCUGAGAAGAUGGUCACAGAAAACGAGGCCUGCCUGAAGCUCGUCUCUGAAGCGGUCGAGGGCCACGCCAUCAGGUUCGAGAACGCCAAGCCCGCUGACUUGGAGUACUGGGCCUCUUACAUGGCCUCAUACAUGGCCUCUUUCCAGCCUCGCUUCGGCCAGAACAUGGAUGUGAUCAUGGUUGUGGGAGGCGUGUCAGAAGGCGGGGAUUACUUGAGCGAGUGCGUUGGAUACUUCAUCGAUGAGGACAGGUGGGUCAACCUGCCUCACAUCCACAACCACCUGGACGGGCACGCCAUCGCCACCACGGAGUCGCAUGUUUAUGUGGCCGGAUCGAUGGAACCCGGCUUCGCCAAGACCAUGGAGCGGUACAACCCAAACCGCAACACUUGGGAGCAGGUGAGCAACCUUCUCACCCGGAAGCACUCCUUUGGGCUCAGCUGCAUCAAAGAGAGCCUGUACAGUGUCGGGGGGCACGGCAACUUCAGCCCGGGCUUCAAAGACGUCAGCGUCUACGAGGCGGAGCAGGAUAAGUGGCACAACCUGGAAUCUGCGCCCAAGAUCCUGCGUGACGUGAAGGCGAUCAGCGUGGAGGACCGCUACGUGUACCUCACCGCCCGGACACCGGUGGACGCGGACAACGAAGAUGGCUUGAAGACCAUCACCACCCGCUACGACACAGACAGCCGCCAGUGGCAGGAAGUGGAGUCGCUGCCGCUCAUCGACAACUACUGCAUCUUCCAGAUGGCGGUGGCCACCACCAACUUCUAUCAUACUGCCUCCUGCUGCCCCAAGAGCUACAAAGACGUGCGGGACGAGGCGGUGAAGCAGAAGAUCAUGAGCAGAACCCCGGACGAGAUCCUGGAGAGUCUACCCCCAGAGGUGACGAGCAGCGAAGGGGCCGCUAUCUGCUACUUCAGGGAGGACGUGUUCAUCAUCGGGGGCUGGAAGAACAGUGACGAUGUCGACAAGCAGUACCGCAAGGAGGCGUACCGCUACUGCGCCGACAGGAAGCGCUGGAUGCUCCUGCCGCCCAUGCCCCAGCCCCGCUGCCGGGCAACGGCGUGCCACGUCCGAAUCCCUUAUAGGUACCUGUACGGGACUCAAAGGUACCCCAUGCCACAGAACUUGGCCCGGCAGCGGGACAGGAUGCAGCAGAUGCAGCAGCUGCACAGGCGCACCCUCACCCUAAGGAGGCAACUGCAGUCCCAAAUAGAGUGUUAAGAUGUUUCCAGAGUUCGAGCGUACUUCACCAAGAAAUUCAGUCCUGACUACUCCUGCAUCUUAAAGUUUUCCUUUGGUGGUUGCAUAUACUCUAGAAGUGAAGAACAAGCAUUAAGAUGUUGAUUUGUGCCUGUUGACAUUUGCUGGUUGAGCUAGUUACCAUAGUAGGGACUAAGUGCAUGCGUUACAGAUGUUGAUGAAACAAAUUGACUCUUUUUUUAAAAAAAAAAAAAAAAAAAAAAAAAAAAAA